CUACCAACAACCUGCACCAUUUUUAUACUCUAAACCGGUGAGUUCGAGAGAAGAGAAAAUAUGAUAGUUAAGGCCACUCAAUGGCUCCUCCUAGGUCAUCUCCUAGUGCAGGUUUCUAUGGUGUGUGCCAGAGUUCCAGCAAUCAUUGUGUUUGGAGACUCUACUGUGGAUGCAGGGAACAACAACCAGAUAUCGACAGUCCUAAAGAGCAACUUUGAACCCUACGGUCACAAUUUCUAUGGAGGCUUGGCUACUGGCCGGUUUUCCAACGGUAGGCUUGCAACGGACUUCCUUUCUGAAGGUUUUAUGAUCAAGCCGACCAUACCUGCAUACUUGGAUCCUGCCUAUAGCAUUUCGGAUUUUGCCACCGGAGUUUGCUUUGCCUCUGCCGGAACUGGCUAUGAUAAUGCUACUUCUGAUGUGCUAUCUGUGAUACCUCUUUGGAAAGAACUGGAGUACUAUAAGGAAUACCAGAAGAAGCUGCGACGCUAUCUAGGCAACGACAAAGCUAACGAGGUUCUGGGAGAAGCACUUUACCUGAUUAGUAUAGGAACUAAUGAUUUUCUAGAAAACUACUUUGUAUUUUCACGCAGACGAUCUCAGUUUUCCAUUGAGGAGUACCAAAACUUUCUACUAGGAAUUGCUGGAAAUUUCAUCAGAGAGCUUUACCAGCUUGGAGCUCGGAAGAUGGUUAUAAGCGGCCUUCCUCCAAUGGGUUGCGUGCCACUGGAGAGAACUACAAAUAUCAUUUCUGGGGGUGUUUGUAAUGAGAAGUACAAUGAUGUGGCUAGGAGUUUCAACAAGAAGUUGCAGGGAUUGGUUGAAAAGCUCAAGAAGGAACUGGUUAAAUUUCAACUUGUUCUUUCAGACCCAUACGAUAUUGUCUCAAAAAUCAUUCGAAACCCAGCCUUUUUUGGAUUUGAAAAUGUAGCAAAAGCCUGCUGCGGCACAGGAAUGUUCGAGAUGAGCUAUCUGUGUAAUAAGAUAAACCCGUUCACAUGUUCAGAUCCAAAUAAAUAUGUAUUCUGGGAUGCCUUCCACCCCACAGAGAAAACAAAUGCCAUUGUUGCAGAUCAUGUAUUUAAAACUGACCUGGUUCAAUUUCUAUGAGAAGUACAAAGUAUAGAAUGCGGUGUAUGUAAUUUAUGUUCUAGUAGUCUUGUCUGUGGCACCAUCCCAUUAUUUAUAUAAAAGAUAUGAUCGUUCAUUUU